AUGGCAAAAGCCUAUUCAACCAAAUUAACAAUUUCACCGUUCCUCUUCUCUCUUGCUCGCAUUAUCGAAUGGCAUAUACUGGAGUUGCUUGCACAGGGCUGCUGUGAACAGCCACAAGGAGAGGAGGUCUUUGGUCUUCUUAUGUGUCCUAGAGCUGACAAGGUGGUGAAGCCCGUAGAGGAACUUGUGUGCAAAAGUGAGGGGGGCACAAGAAAGUUCCCGGAUUUCACAUGGUCAGAUUUGCUUGAAUUCACUCUAAACCAUUACAGGGUUAACGAAACUACCCUUGAAAACUUCACUGACUAG